CUAGUUUAUUUCUCCUCCCCCUUUGUAGUGCUGAGAAUUGAACCUGGCACUUCAAUCACGCUAGAUAACGAGUUGUGCUAGUACAGCCGUAUAAAUAACUCCUGAAGUCUCAGUGUAACGUGGACAUUAGCAGUGAUGACACAUAAAUGCAGUACUAGGCGAAACCCUUCAAAAGAGAGACGUUUAAGAGGUUCUAGUAUUCUUCGAGGCUGAAGCUGAGAACCUGAAGCUUAAGCUCUAUUGUAGACCAUAGCUUCAUCUGCUCAUAUAAGGAAAAGAAGGAAUAUUUCCACAAUGAUAGAUCUUUGGUUAUACAGGUUUCCCAAUGAGUGGAUCAUGAUGACCGUAUGGUAGGGACUUGCCAUAGUAUGGCUGCUUCCCGAUCUACUCGUGUUACAAGAUCAACAGUGGGGUUAAACGGCUUGGAUGAAUCUUUUUGUGGUAGAACUUUAAGGAAUCGUAGCAUUGCUCACCCAGAAGAGAUCUCUUCUCAUUCUCAAGUACGAUCAAGAUCACCAAAGAAGAGACCAGAGCUUGUGCCAGUUCAGAAGGGAAAUGCUAGCGGAAGAACUUGUGAUGUAAAACAGCAGAGUGCGCGAGAAGCGUGGGUAAGCCCUAGGAAAAGAAGACUCUCCUCUUCUGAGAAGGAUGACCUAGAAAGGCAGGCCCUAGAGAGCUGUGAAAGAAGGCAGGCAGAGCCAGCAGCGCCAGGCCUGAGGAACAUUAAACGCUAUUCUAGAGCCGAAGCCUCAAACAGCUCAGAGGAAGAUUCGCCUGUAAAACCAGACAAGGAGUCGGUAGACCAGAGGACAGUAGUGGACCAUGAUGUGGAGUUUGAAGGGACUAAACGAGCUUGUCGAUGUCUUAUAUUGGAUGAUUGUGAGAAAAGGGAAAUUAAAAAGGUGAAUGUCAGUGAGGAAGGGCCACUUAAUGCUGCGGUAGUAGAAGAAAUCACGGGCUAUUUGACUGUCAAUGGUGUUGACGACAGUGACUCGGCUGUUAUAAACUGUGAUGACUGUCAGCCUGAUGGGAACACUAAACAAAAUAGCACUGUUUCCUAUGUGUUGCAGGAAAAAUCAGUAGCUGGAAAUGGGGAUUCAGAAACGCAGUCUCCAGUGUUCUUUGGUAGUAGGAAGGAGGACAGUUGUAUAGAGCAUCUUGUGCCUUGCACAAAGUCAGAAGUGCAGAUCAAGUCGGAGGACCCCAAACUAGUAACUUCCUGUCUCCCCGUGGAACGUCGGAAUCAGCUGACUGCUGAUCCAGCUGUGGGCCCUGUUUCUGAAAUUCAGUCAUCCUUAAGAGAUUCUGAGGAGGAAGUAGAUGUGGUGGGAGAUAGCGGUGUCUCAAGAGAGCAGUGUGAUGAGAACAGCAGGGACCUUCUGGACACAGAUUCUGAAAGCAUGCCAGUCUCCACAGAGCCAGAACCGUCCUCUACGCUAGACUGUGCUUCAGCUCAAAUGACACCUUUAUCCGAACCACAAGAGCACCGGUAUACCCUGAGAACUUCGCCUCGAAGGGCAGCUCCAACCAGAGUUAGUCCCACUAAGAACACAUCUCCUUACAGGGAAAAUGGACACUUUGAGGAGAGUAAUCUCAGUCCCAGUGAAACGCAUACAACUGUUAGUGAUAAUGUAAGUCAGUCUCCCACAAAUCCUGUUGAAAUUUCUCAAAGUGAAAAGGUUCUGUGUUGUGACUCUCAAAACCAUGGAGGUGAAGGACUAAGUAAGUCACCCUCAGAGGCCACAAUGAAUGUUGGACCCUUGCCGUCUGCCAAAGAGAGUACCAGUCAGCACCCUGCGGAAGAGGAGGAUGAUGACCCUGAUGUUUAUUACUUUGAAUCAGAUCAUGUGGCACUGAAACACAACAAAGAUUACCAGAGACUGCUGCAGACCAUUGCUGUCCUUGAGGCUCAGCGUUCUCAAGCAGUCCAAGACCUGGAAAGUUUAGGCAAACACCAGAGAGAAGCACUAAAAAAUCCUAUUGGAUUUGUGGAAAAACUCCAGAAGAAGGCUGAUAUAGGGCUUCCGUAUCCACAGAGAGUUGUUCAGUUGCCUGAGAUUGUAUGGGACCAGUAUACCAACAGCCUUGGGAACUUUGAAAGAGAAUUUAAAAAUCGCAAAAGACAUACUAGGAGAGUUAAAUUAGUUUUUGAUAAAGUAGGCUUGCCCACUAGACCAAAAAGUCCUUUAGACGCUAAGAAGGAUGGAGAGUCCCUUUCUUACUCUGUGUUGCCUUUGAGUGAUGGUCCAGAAGGCUCCAGUAAUCGUCCUCAGAUGAUAAGAGGUCGCCUGUGUGACGACACCAAACCUGAAACAUUCAACCAGCUGUGGACUGUUGAAGAGCAGAAAAAACUUGAACAACUACUUCUGAAAUACCCUCCUGAAGAAGUAGAAUCUCGGCGGUGGCAGAAGAUUGCAGAUGAACUGGGCAAUCGGACAGCCAAGCAGGUUGCCAGUCGUGUACAGAAGUAUUUCAUAAAGCUAACUAAAGCCGGCAUUCCAGUGCCAGGCCGAACACCUAACUUAUAUAUAUACUCCAAAAAGUCUUCAACAAGCAGACGACAGCACCCCCUUAAUAAACACCUCUUUAAACCUUCCACUUUCAUGACGUCACAUGAGCCACCUGUGUAUAUGGAUGAAGACGAUGACCGGUCUUGUUUCCAUGACCACAUGAACACUCCUGCUGAGGAGGCAUCGGAUGAGGAAAGCAUUCCUAUCAUGUAUAGGAGUUUGCCUGAAUAUAAAGAACUAUUACAGUUUAAAAAGUUAAAGAAGCAGAAGCUCCAGCAGAUGCAAGCAGAAAGUGGGUUUGUGCAGCAUGUGGGCUUUAAGUGUGAUAACUGUGGUGCAGAACCUAUCCAGGGUGUCCGGUGGCACUGCCAGGAUUGUCCUCCAGAAAUGUCUCUGGAUUUCUGUGACUCUUGUUCAGACUGCCCACAUGAAACAGAUAUUCACAAGGACGAUCACCAGUUAGAGCCUGUGUAUAAGUCAGAGACGUUCUUAGACAGAGACUACUGUGUGUCCCAGGGCACUAGUUAUAGUUAUCUUGACCCCAACUACUUCCCAGCCAACAGAUGACAUGGAAGAGAGUGUCGGCUCUAGUUCUCGUCAGCACACAGCAAUGGUGUCAUUGUUGAAGGUGUGCGCAGUUUGGACACUCACAGCAUGAGAGCUCCCCGAGUGUUCUCGUCAAGUACAGCUCUGCACCGUGUGGCUGUAGAUCAGCAGCUGAACAUUCCUGGUGAGAUUCCACCACCACCAUAAAGCGUUGUAGGUGGUGAUCUGAGAUGGGCGAGAUGGAAACGAGAGCACGCGUUAACGCGAGAGUAAAUCCCAAAGGUUUCAGAGACCUCGGUCAUAAGUAUGGUGAUGGAAGACAAGGUAUUUAUAUUAAAUCAGUUUAGUGGCUUUCAGUUUUGUGAAAAUAGUUUUCAGCGCAGAAACUGACUCAUAGAUGAAGUUCUAACCCAUGCUGGUGUUUGCUUCUAGGAUGUGUACUCUAAAAGAGCUCUGUCCGGUGGUCACUGAUGGCCUGUAGUAGACUGGACCUGCGUGACGGUUUGAUUCCUAACUUUUAAUCACGAUGAACUGUCCUUACCAAGAGCAAAGCAUGAGGUGGCUGUGCUCUGCUCCCGUAACCAGCUCACGGGUGUGACUGUCGUACAGUUGUCACGCAGAUAUAUUUUAAAGUCCUGUUAUAAAGAUGAUCAUGUGAUGUGUACAGACUGUGGUGAAGAGUGCCCGUGGUAGACUGUGUAAAGUCCGAGUCACAGCGUUAAUCCCUUGAGAUACACAGCCUUCUGCCUCUGUAUUCGGAGUUGUCCGUACAACUCGUCAAAGAAAACUGCCUAAUAUAAAAAUCAUAUAUAUGGUGAUCAUUUUUCCCUCUUUUGUAGUCUGCACAAGAUCCAUAAAAGAUUGUAUUUUUAUUACUAUUUAAUGAGUGAUUAAAUGUAGUCUGCACAGUGAGCAAGCGUUCACAAGCAUUCUUUUAUACUGCUGGAUUUCGUUGUGCAUCAUUUAAAACAUUUUGUACGUUUCUUAUCUGUCCGCAGUAUGUUCUUGAAAUGUUCACUUGUCGGGAUAACUGUGAGAAAUAAACUAUGUGGAUAUGUUGUUUAUAUUAUAGAACGCUCGUCGUGGCUUCCUUUCAGCAAGUGUUAGCUAGAAUUCAUCACUUGAAAGCCUGUCCGUCUGUGUGCGCUUUCUCUUCUCUACAGAGGGUGAAGAAUGUGAGCUUGCAUCCUGCUGGGAGUGCUAGUGUCUGUCCAGUGUGCUGCACACUGCACGGCAGUGCGCUCACCAACGUCCACACGGGGUCUCGGGAUGAGGCGGACAGUUCUUGCGAGUAGUUCUGUCCUGACAAAGUCAAGUCCCGUGUAUAGAAACAGGUUAUUUCCAACAGUUAUCAAUCAGGAAAAGAUAGUAUGUUCUAUGGUGGAUUAAGUAUUAUACUAGUCUUGUUUUUAACCUUGUUUGUUUUUCCUGUUUUUAAGUUCAGGGAACAUUAUUUACUAAUUCUUUUCAAUACUUAGCACUAAAGUAUUAAAAUCUACCCUGAAUUUUUUAAGUAAGAAAAAUAGAAUUUUAAAUAUGGAAAUGAGAAUUUUAAAUAAUAUAUUGAUAAUGUACCACUGGUCAUAUUGAUGCAGUCUAUUGUUUUUAUCUCUGGGACAUUGGUGAAGGAGAGACAGCUGGACUAGGUGUCUGUAUACUAAAUGCUCAGUUCCCAGCCAGAGGGCUGCCUUCCGUCUGUAAAUAUGCAGGACAGGUACAGCUGUCUGUAUAGAAAUAGUACCAGAUCGCUCUGGAGAGCAGUUUCCAUCCAUCCACAAAUCCCAUGAAGCUUGAAAUACACCUUGGAAGGGGUAUGAGUGAUGCAGCUGUAGUGACAUCAAGAGUGGACACUUGAACACCUUUCUCAAAGGCCAAGGUUUUAGGCGGAGGUCGUGAUGUGGGUUUUUCAUGUUGAACAGAAGAUGGAUUUAUUUUCGAUUUUUCAGCUCUAAGCACAUCAUCCCUAUGACUUGGUGGGAAUGUUUUCUUGUAAUUUUAUUGAAGGAUUGCAGAGUGGGUGGUGCUCUUCUUUGUGUGUGGACCUUUCAUCUGUCUGCAAGGAAUACUGGCUGCUGACUGCUGUACUUGAGAAGCAGUGUUGUGAAGUGUCUUAGUAGGUCAGAUUUGUGUCAUGGCAUGUGAUGCUCAAGGUGUUUGCUUCCAAUAACACACCAAAGCUUUUGUUGGGGAGAGGCACCAAUAGCAAAUGCCUGGACAGUCCUUACAGAGCACAAAGCAAGCAUGUGGCAGGCAGCUUACUGGGUUCUCAAGCCAAUGAGGCAGCUUCAUUUAUUGCCCUGUUUUCAUGGGAGACCUAGCCAGAAAGAAACGUAUGCCUCGAGGCAUAUUGUUAGUGUAGUGAUGAGACCUGCCUUUAAGAUUUGUCUGCAUUAGGCUUGGUUUCCUAAGCAGGAACAACCCCCACUGUCAGGUACUCUGUGUACUCGGUGUGGUUUUGAUACCUUUGUUUCUUGUGCAUUGCUAAAGUACAAACCUGGGCCCGUGGCCACAUUCGUGACACAGGAGAGAGAUCUGUGAGUGGCUGGAGGUGACUCGGGGGAGCACACACACGUACGUGCGUCUCAUUGCCCCCACCUGACCCAUGUGUCCUUUGGCUCCUCUCUCCCUCCUUCCACUUAGACCCCAGGACACAGCUGACUGAGGUAUGAGAACAGUAUUUAAAGGGUGACAAAGUGACCUCCUGCUGUACUAGACAAGCCUUGUGUUGUGACAUUUCCCUUAUGGCCAUGUGAGAUGAUGAAUGAACUUUCUGACUGUGGACAGCACUUUUAAAGCCAUGGUUCUGGGUGCCCUGGAGGAAGCGAGCGUCUCCAGGCAUUCAUUGCCCUUUUUAAGCCUAUACAGUUCUGGUUUUCAGUGGCAGAGUUAGUAACUGCUAUUCAUGUGAUCCCAGAGGAAGCCAAAACCCACUGCUUUGCUUACAGGGAGUAUGCAUCUGUUAAAUGGAGUGAUUUCUGAGAGUUGUAUCACAUUGAGCUUCUUGAGAACACAGUCCAUGUCUGUGUCUCUAGGCUCUGACCGUUUAGCAGAUUCUCUACAGUAAUUGUUGUUUAUAUGACCCAUUGUUUUGCUAAGUUAAACUUUUUUUUCUUUAGAGGUAGUGGGGCCCAGUACAUGAGGUGCCAGUAACUCUAAGGAGGUCCCUUGACAUGCCCUAGAGAACAGCUUCUACAUCCAACUUAACCAGUCAGAUCAUCCAUGGGUGUGGCUCCGUCAUGCUCGCUGGGACGUUUUGGGUUCUAACACAGCUGGGAAAGUGAAGUACCUUUGAUUGAGUUCUAGGAACUCUUUACUGAUUUGCACUAACUGCAUGUAAUGGGGAAAUGAAAGGCACUGAAACUUGUAACAUGCUAUUUCUCAGUAGUAACAGAUGUGCUGGGAACUGCGAUAGAAAAUCCAGGCCUCUGUGGAGCUUAUAGACCAGCACAGAAGACAACAAUGUGCAAAUAAGCGUAAAUAGCCCUUAGUUAAAUAAAAGAAAAACAGCAGUGUGAAGAGCAUUGUCCUUUUAGGUUGAGAAGCCCUCAGUGGCAAGGAUAAUUAGUUUGGAGUGUGGGAACUAGCUGUUUGGAUCAGCUGUAGGAAAAGGCAGGAGGAUGCCAGUGGUCAGGGCCAGAGCCAGCCAAGAACUUGGUUUGCUUGGGCAGCUUUGAAGGUAGGCGCUGUGGCUUGAGCAGAUGUGUGAGAGGGAGGGAGGACACAGAGCAGUUCGGGUGUGGCCUUGAGUAUAGGUCAUAGCCAGGGAGUUGACAUUUGUGUUGUGAUGUUGUCCACAUACAUGUACAACCUUGCUGUGAAGAAAUAGUGAUGCUGCUGGGAGCCACUCUCAAGAGCAAUGUAUGUUUUUGCUGUUCUUUGGCAGACUGAUUUGCAUUCCCAGGUACUGAUUUCUUUCUGUUGAAGUUUUCCAAAGUAGCUGCCACCUGAUGGAACCUCGGGCUGGUCUCCCUGUCUGUCUGCGUUCCCAUUUCCUCAUCCAGAGCUGUGGGUGUGGUGUUUGCCAGUGUGUGUUUUGUGUUUGGAGACUGUUUGUCCCUUGAGUUGCUUGUUUAAGCUUUGAUCCUGUAGCAGCACUUGGCAUCUUUGCUCAGAUAUCCAUGUUCCCCUGUCGGGAGUGUGACAGCCUGGGGUAGUAUAAGAAUUCACAGUGUGGAUCUGGGAACAUGAUGCACCCUUGCUGGUAAUAGAGACCUGAUUGUAACCAAAGAAACUUACUUUCUUGUCCAGCACACACUGGCGUUCCUGUUUAGGAGCCAGUGCUAGGGAAAAAGAAAUAGGAAAAUGACCAUGUUUCAUGAAUACAUUCACAAUUUCUCUGUAAUAGCUCAGAUCUGGUCUGUGGCCAAAGUUCAAACCAUAUAAGUGGAUCAUAAUUUUAAACUAUUACUGUGUUUGCUUCUGUUUGGAAUGAAAGCUGUCAAAGGCUUUCUAGAAUGAUGUGCGUUACAAAUAAAUAGAAAAAGAGUU